GGUUUAAAGAGCUGACCUGUAGAAGAAGAAGUUUGAACUCAUUGACAAAAUCUGACCAAUCAGUCGUAGAGCCUGCAGCCCGGGUGUAUAAAUCUGGCAAGGUUUCUGUUAGCACAUCAGCCGCUGAGGGGAUGGUUGCAGGAGUCUGUGCCGUGUAAGGCUGGAUGACACGAGGGUUCACUCUGCAUCUUUUUGGCCGUGUUGGUUCCCUAUUGGAAUGAACGAAGAGAGUAAACCCUCCUCUCAUCCAUUCGUCCUCUUUGUCCCAGCAGGUGGAUGCGAGGCUGCUGGUCGGCAUGUGAUGGUUUAGCGAGAGACCAGUGUCCCCUUUCAAUGGUGUUUGAGUGGCGUCAUGUCAGGCAUGGAGGUCUGUCCCACGGUGAGCCAAAACCCGCCUCCACCGGAGGUGGUGAACCCGAGGAGGCCAGGACGUGUCACCAACCAGCUGCAGUACUUGGAGAAGGUGCUGCUCAAAGUUCUGUGGAAGCAUCAGUUCUCAUGGCCGUUUCGCCAGCCCGUUGACGCCGUCACGCUGAGGCUGCCCGAUUAUUACACAAUCAUUCAAAAGCCGAUGGAUAUGGGCACCAUUAAGAUGCGACUCCAGAACAAAUAUUACUGGAAAGCACUGGAGUGCAUACAAGACUUUAACACCAUGUUCACUAACUGCUAUGUGUACAACAAGCCUGGAGACGACAUCGUUUUCAUGGCCCAGACACUGGAGAAGCUUUUUCUGUUCGAAGUUUCCAAAAUGCCUAAAGACGAAUGUGAAGUUGCAACGGAACCAGCAAAAGGGAAGAAGACCAAUACUGGUGCGUUCAAGGCAAGACCCCUGGUGUCAGAGGUCAUCCUUCAGCAGACCGUGACAGUCAUCCCGUCUGAUGCGCAUCACCCUGUGUCACCCAUCCAAAUCUCCACUCAAAUGGAUGAAACGAUAAAAAAGGGUAUUAAGAGAAAACUGGACCCCACCCCUGCAGCAGUGAUGAGCAGCUUGCCGUCCGCUGUUAACGACCUGCCACCGUCCUGUACACUGUUGGCGAGGCGUGGCAGCGGGAGGCCCAUCAAAGUGCCAAAGAAAGACCUUCCCGCCUUCGAGGACAAGAAGGCCAAACUGUCUGAGCAGCUGCGGCACUGCGACGCCGUCUUGAAGGAGAUGCUGUCCAAGAGACACUACGCCUACGCGUGGCCAUUCUAUACCCCUGUGGAUGCCGUGGCUCUGGCCCUGCACGACUACCAUGACAUCAUCAAGCAGCCCAUGGACCUGAGCACCGUCAAGAAAAAAAUGGACCAGCGAGAGUACUUGACUGCCAAGGAGUUUGCCGCCGACGUAAGGCUAAUGUUCUCCAACUGCUACAAGUACAAUCCUCCUGCCCAUGAGGUCGUCUACAUGGCCCGAAAACUUCAGCUGUCUCUCUCAGUGCCCCUUUUUCUAAUCCUGUUGAAGAACAAGAAGAGCAUCAUUCUUUUUUUAUUUUAUUUUUCUUUUUUUUUAAACGUGUCAACAUUUGACCAGGAGGUUUUUGAGGCUCGCUACGCAAAGCUUCCACAGGAGCCACUCCGGCAGGUGGUGUCCAAAGGCGACCGAGUGGGAAGUCUGUCCACCGCGGGGAGUUCUUCCAAGAGUGAAAGUUCCUCAGACGAGGAAAGUUCAUCAGAGGGGGUCGCCACACAGCUUGCCAACCUGGAAGAGCAGUUGAAAGCAGUCAGUGACCAGCUGAGGAGACUCACGCAGGAUCCUCUGAUGAAACCCAAGAAGAAAGACAAGUUGAGAAAGGAAAAGAGAUCCAAAGAAAAGCACAUCACUGCACUCAAAGACAAAUCCUUGAAAUAUAAAAACAUUGGCGAGAAACACGGCAAAAGCUCUUCUUGUCAUGGCAACAGUAUUCCCAAAGUAGCCAUGGAGUGCAGAGCUGAGACAGUGCCUUCGACGCCCCAGGGGAAGAAGCAUCCCAAGAAGGACGCUCUACCUGCGGACAAACUGGGCAAGCUGGUGAGCGUCAUCAAAGCUGGUCAGGCCGCUUUGGCUGAUGCCGCCUCCAAGGAGUUUGAAAUCGAUGUUGAGAAGCUCAAGCCAGCGGCACACAGGGACCUGCAGAGGUUUGCAACCGCCUGCCGAAGGAAGUGCGACAAGACAGAGAGCAGGAAAAAGCAAGAGAAACACAUGGUAGUGAUGCAUUGUGGGAAGGAGAAGGACGCUGGGAGAUGCGAGACGCUCGCAAAGCAACAGCCGGCGGUGAAGAAAAAAAAAGCAGCAGCCAAACUGUCACCUGACUUCAGCUGUCCGUCUCAGCUGAGCAGCAGCAGCAGCUCGUCAUCAACUUCUUGCAGCAGCAGCAGCUCAUCCUCUUCUGACAGCGGCCGUUCUCCUGUGCCCAAAAUGAAGAAGAGCGCCAAAGGGUGGUGUCAAAAGCCAAAUAAAAAGGCUGCCAGUGGCAAGCAGACCCAGGGGGGGCGCUGUUUCCCCUCCUCCGGUGUCAGCCCUUGUCAUCCCGCUCCAGCUGUCUCGCUAACGCAGACCGGACGCCAGGCCGCGCGGUCUCAAGGCGAGCCGUGGCGUACCGGCGGGAUGACACUGCCGCCUCCAGACCUCGCCACACUUUUGUCCCCAAUGACGUCACCUGACUCACUGCUGGACUGGACUGCUUCCAGAUUUGAGAUCUCCAUGCUGUCCCCUCUGAAGGACAGUCCACAGCAAGCCAAAUACGAGACAGCGUCCAGUAAGUCAGCAGAGGACGCUGACAUGAUGACACAAUUGCUUUCCAACACAAAACAAAGCACGGAAAAUGGCCCCGACAUUGGAGUGGCUGAUGUACUGUCUCUACCGGAAAAGGGGCAGAAAAAGGACAUUGUUCUGAAAAACGCUGACUCAUGGGCUCGACUGGUGAGGCAGGCCGCUGGCCCCCCAACAGCCAUCAAGUCAUCCAAGGAGAGCUUCGAGCACUUCCGAAAGGCCGCCAUGGAGAAGGAAGAGCGCGAGAAGGUGCUGAAGAAGAAACAGCUGAAGGAGAACGAGACCGAGCCUCCUGAACAGAGCUUUUUAGGCCAAACAGAUAAAAGUCUUCCAUUGUGCAAAGAAGACGUUACCUUUCCAGAGACAGUCUUCACCGAGACAGCGCCACACACGCCCACACACGGCGAGCAGCCGACAUCUCCCGUGGAAACUCGGCUUGGGACAGCACAGGUCCCUGUGUGCCGAGAGCGGGAGCUGGCCCGAAAGAAGGAGCAGGAGCGUCGCAGACGGGAGACUCUGUCAUGCAUAGACAUGACCAUGCAGCAGGACAUCAUGACCACCUUUGAGCUGAACCUUGACUAAAAGGACAGAAAACACUGACUAACUUGAAAAAUGUGCCUUGAACGUGCCUGGAAGGAUACUAAUCCGUCUCUGGGAAUAUGGAGCCAUGUCGAACGUCUUGAGCACUUACAUUACCCGAUGAAUGUCUGCACUGCUACACUUUUGAGAAUGGCCUGAAACUGUAUUUCACGUCUCAGGAAGUGCUCAGACGAGCUGUCCCACUGCUGGAAGCCAGCUGGAAUUUAGUUGUCUUAUGGCGUUUUGUCGCCAUGUUUGUGUUAAAAAAAAAAAUACAAAAAAAAACGUGCACGUAUUUGUCAUUUUGUUUACGAAGAAAAUGAUCACUAUUUUCCAAAGAUCCUUUCUUAGCCACUGUGUUCUCUUCUACAAUCUCCGCACUUUACUUCAGUAUGUUCCACUUUGGAUAUGUUCAAAACAAGAGUUUUUCUUUGGCUUGUUUGUUUUUUUUACUGAAAAUAAAAGAUAUUUUCACAAAGCAAUCAUUGCCUUUGCAUGGGCUUUUAGGC